CGCGAAAACCCUAGAGAAGGUAUGGCGACUGGUGUUCUUGCUCGUCUUCUAUUCUCCGCCGGAAAGCAGGCCACCAGCACCGCGUCCGCUCGCUCUGUCUCUUCUCUCCCUUCGUGCGGCAACUUCCUCUAUUUAUCCUCCCUCCUCCGCCACCGACCGUUGGCCUCCAGCAUCCGACCCCUUUAUGCGGCGCGGCGAGGGUUCGUGACCUGUAAUAGUGUCAAUUUUGCUCGAUGGACGCGAUUCCGACCCCCCCAGGAUCCGAGCCCUAUGUUUUCAGAUCUUCCCUCAAAAGAGUCAAUUUUGCUCCCCGGAUGCGAUUUCGAGCACUGGCUUGUUGUUGUGGAAAAGCCAGAGGGCAAUCCAACGAGGGAUGAGAUAAUCGACAGCUACAUCAAACUUCUAGCUCGGGUCGUUGGGAGCGAGGAAGAGGCGAGGAUGAGGAUCUACUCUGUCUCAACAAGAUGCUAUUACACAUUUGGGGCUUUUGUGCCAGAGCAACUCUCUUACAAACUAAAAGAGUUGGAUGGAGUUCGAUGGGUGCUUCCAGAUGCCUACGCGGAUCCUGAAAAAAAAGAUUAUGGAGGGGAGCCUUUUAUAAAUGGGCAGGCAGUGCCAUAUGAUCCCAAAUAUCACGAGGAGUGGGAAAGGGUCAAUGCACGACUACGCGCCCGUGGAGUUAACUAUGACAGCCCCUCUGUCCUAUUCAAAGCAGCAGCCGAGAAAGAUAAACUCAAAUUAUCUUCAUUUUAUGUUCUAAAACGUUGGACUACAAAGGAAAAAGUGUUUGGCGUUCAUGGCAAUCUCAUCGAGGGACAAGAAGAUGAAGCUAUUUCACAAAAUUUGGAAGGUUUUUUAAAGUGUAUGCAAGCUGCUGGGAGGGACUCAAACAAGCUCCAUGUUAUUAAUCAAAAAAUUCAAAUUGCUUUGAAAGAAGUGCAAGAGUUAGCUGGUGAUACAACUGAGAGCAAGCUGGAGAAAGCAAUGGAACAACAAGGCAAGAGGCUGAGGCGAUGCAGAGCCCAACAAAUCAACGCUACUUCCGCACAGGUGCAAGCCACCAAUGAGGGCGCCAGCAUCCCUGUGGCUGCAACCAUACCAGUCAUUUCAGCCCCGGUGUUGCCCCUGGGUCUGAGCUCUGUCCCGAUGGCCAGCGUGAUCAGUCCCUUCGUGACCCCCGUCCCUUCCGCUGGACCGAGGGUAACGUUCCCCCCAAGCAUGACUCAGUUCAUGAAUGACCCAGCCAACCUACAAGCCAUCCAGGGCUUUGGCCAAGUCAUGGCCAUGUGCCAGCAGAACGGGGGGAUGCCUUUCCUCCCUGGUAUGUUCCCCUUCGCCCUUCCAGGCGCGGGAACCAUACCCCUACAAGCUCCGAUGGCGGUGAUGUCGUUCCAGACGCCGAUGCCGCAGCCAUCACCUUUCCAGCCCCAGGUGGUCAGCACCAUGGCCCCUGUCAACUUGACCGGCGCACUUAACGCCGCAGGGCCAUCGCGUCCCCUGCAAACUACGCAGAUCACUCCUGACGGUCAUUGCAUCUCGAUUGAGAGUGAUGACGGCGAGUGGGACAUCUCGAGGGCCCACAAGAAGAAGAAAGGAAAGAACAUCCGGCCAGCAACCUCCCGAAACUCCGCCUUCGAAAGGCUGGGGGAUAGGGAGGAAGGCCAGAGGAAGUCAGCCAAGCAAAGGCUGGGGCAGAGCGUUGCCCAUGUCAGCGCGUUCGCCCGGCUAGGCGAGGUGCGGGAGGCCGAGCCUGCCCGCACCCGGCGCUCCCGGUCUAACUGGCAGGAGCCAGCGAGGACGAGGGCCUCCCACCAAGAAGGGGAGGCAGAGAGCCAGCCCAGGUUACCGGUGGCGAACCGGUUAACCAUCCCAAACGACCGCGUCCAGCAGAUGGAGGCAAAGCUGGAAAGGCUGGAAAAGAAGGUCGGAGAGAAGAAUGACCGGGACAAACCCCUGGCAGGGUCCCCGUUCACCGCAAGGGUCCUUCUGACACCUUUCCCGCGAAAGGUCAAGAUCGACGCCCCCAGAUUCACCGGGAAGGAAGAUCCGGAAAUCCAUCUGGACUCCUUCAACCAGAGUGCGACCAUGAACGGUUGCACCGAUGAAGAAAAGUGCCUUCUUUUCUUCCAGACCUUGCAGAACCGAGCCACUGAAUGGUUCAACAAGCUUCGCCCGGGAAGCAUUGAUUCAUUCAGUGAUUUGGCCUCAAAAUUCAAGGCCAAGUUCCAGGAGAAUUGUACUCAUAGGAAGAAAUUCACUUAUCUUAGUACAACCGGGCAAAGGGAGUCUGAGAACCUUACUCAGUUCCUUACCCGGUGGAAGGAAGAGGUGGAUAAGGUGGAAGAGAUGGAUGACAAGACCGUCCUCUCCCUCCUCUUGAAUGGCUUGCGUGCCGGGGAACUAUACAAGGAGUUCUGCCGGAAACCCCCAGCCACGUACCAAGAGGCCUACCAUACUACGUGGGAGUUUGCUGAAGCUGAAACCCAACUCCGGGCAAAGAGAGAAGCUGAGCAUGGUCACAAGUCCAAGCCGGUGCAAGUCAAGAAGGAGGAAGCACCGGGACCUAGCCGGCCGAGGCACCACUAUGACCCGGUCAUCCGAGUGGUCAAUACGGAGGAAUGCCAAGAAGUCCGAAAGGCACCGGUCAUUCCUCCAGAAAACCCUACCGGUCAAGUAGGGCGGCAGUGGUCGGGCACCUAUUGUUCGUACCACAGGUCAGAUUCCCAUAACACCUCCAAAUGUAAAAGUGUUAAGGGGGUCAUCCAGCAGUUGAUCGACAGUGGAGAGCUGGGCAAAGAUUACUUGCAGAAAGCCCAGGAGAAGAGUCAUCAAUGGGUUAGGCCAGCUGCCCCAGGGAAUGACCGGGACAAUGACCGGCGGAGGAAUAACCGGCCAAGGGAGCGGCAACCUGCCCCCGAAAAGGAACACAUUGGCAUGAUCUUCGGCGGACCCGAGGGUGGAGAUUCAGCCGCGCAGCGGAAGAACUGGGUCCGGAGCAUUUACGUUGGAGAGGUAAGUGCUGAACCGCCCAGGCGUAAACAUACUAGGAGGGAGCCUAUCGUCUUUACUGACCGGGAUCUCCCUCCUACCGGUGAAGAUCACAAUGAUCCAUUGGUCAUCACCAUGGACAUUAACGGGGUGGAUGUCGCCCGGGUACUUGUUGAUACCGGUAGCAGUGUCAACAUCUUAUACCUGGAGACCUUCCAAAAACUCAGGUUGUGUCGAACACAACUUGAACCCCUCAAAACCCCUCUCUCAGGUUUCACGGGGGACACCGUUGAAGCUGAAGGAUCCAUAAUUCUACCGGUCGAACUAGGAUCAGGUGAAAAGACCGUGUGGAAGAAGAUGCGGUUCAUAGUUGUGGACAUCAAAUGCGUCCACAACACAAUUCUUGGAAGGCCAGGCAUCAAUAAAGUCGGGGCGGUGAUUUCCAUGCCUCAUCUAUGCAUGAAGUUCCACACUCCAGGUGGUGUGGGUGAGAUCACAAAGGGAGAGACCCGGGAGAAACUGGAGCCCGAGGCUGAGACGGUGGAAAUCGAACUUCACCCGGGUGAUUCUUCGAGGAUGGUCAGAAUUGGAGCAAAUCUCCCCGAGGAUCUCAAGGAGCAGAUUACACGGGUCCUCCAAGAAUACGCGGGCAUAUUCGCGUGGAGCGUGGCGGAUAUGCCCGGGAUAGAUCGCUCUGUUAUCUGCCACCGGUUGGCCGUAAGGGAGGGAAGUCGACCGGGACAGGCCCUUGCUGACUUCCUAGUAGAAAUGACCGGUCUAACUCCAGACUUACCGGUCAACAAGCCCACUGAGCAAUGGUGGGAGAUGGCAGUUGAUGGGGCAUCCGGUCCUAGAGGAUACGGGGGUGGUAUCGUGUUCACCACCCCAGAAGGGUUCAAGAUCUACCAUGCAAUCGUCUUCAACUUCAAGCUGACGAACAAUGAGGCAGAAUAUGAAGCUCUGGCUGGAGGGCUCAGACUUGCCCAAGCCCUGAAAAUUAGCCGGGUCAGUAUCAAAUCUGACUCUAGCCUGAUAGGAGGGCAGGUGACCGGUAACAUGGAAGCAAGGGAAGGACGCAUGGCACAAUACAAGGACCUUGUACUUGCCCUGUUGAAAGGCUUCGAAGAGUUCAAGAUCGCCCAAAUUCCCCGGGCGGAGAACGCGGAUGCAGACCUUCUCUCCAAAUUGACGCAGUAUGCUCCCGAGCAUGUUUCGAAACUUGCCCGGGUAGAGAUCCUUGACCGUGCAAGCAUCGAGAAAUUGGAAGUUGCCGCUAUAACUGUCGGAAGCCAGUUUGACCGGUCAAACUUGGUCGGGGUGGACGACCAUUGGAUGUACGAUCUGAUGGAAUAUUUGACAAAUGGGAGCUUGCGAGAACAAGAUGACCGGGCAAGAAAAGUGAAGCUCAGGGCACCCCGAUUCCAGAUUCUUGAUGGAAAGCUUUAUAAAAGGGCAUUUGGGGGGCCACUCCUGAGAUGUCUAACCAACCGGGAGGCUGAGCGAGUCAUAGCGGAGGAUUGUGAGAGGUAUGUACAGAAAUGUAAAACAUGUCAAGUGUUCUACAAGUACCCCGGUAGACCAGCGACCUACUAUCAUCCCGUAUCGAAUGUCAUCCCAUUCGCUAGGUUCGGGGUUGAUAUCAUUGGAGCAUUCCCAGUCGCCCAAGGAGGGAAGAAGUUCGUGAUCGUAGCCAUCGAUUACUUCACCAAAUGGAUCGAGGCCGAAGCGUUGGCCAACAUUACCACGCAACAAUGCAAGAAAUUCAUUUGGAAGAACAUCAUCACGAGGUUUGGAGCGCCCAUGAACCUCAUCACCGACAACGGCCCACAGUUCCGAAAUCCGAGAUUCACUGAAUACUUGGAGGGCUUCGGGAUCAAGCACAAUCGCUCUUCGGUGGCGUACCCCCAAGGAAAUGGCCAAGUCAAAAACGCCAACCGAACGAUUGUGGAUGGUCUAAAGAAACGGCUGGGAGAAGCAGGAAACAAGUGGCUGGAAGAGCUCCCACACAUCGUAUGGGCAUUCCGGGUAACGCCCAGGAGGGCUCAUGGGGAAACUCCAUUCUCCCUAACCUAUGGAUGUGAAGCAAGGCUGCCCAUCGAAGCUGAAUUCCCAACAUUCCGGGAAUCAAACUAUCAACCCCAGCAGAAUGAGGAAGACCACUUGGCCGAACUCAACUUGGUCGAAGAGCGGAGAAUGGCCGCGGAAGUUAAAAUGAGCACAUACCAACAAGUUGUGAAGAAGUACCAUGACAACAAGGUUGGGCCACGGUACUUCCAAGUUGGGGAUGAAGUCCUACGAAGAAGAGAAGCAAGUAGACCCGGCGACGGAGGAAAGCUAGCAAAAAACUGGGAGGGCCCAUAUAGGGUUAGAGCCAUCAUUCGCCCGGGGACCUACCGGUUAGAUACUCUUGAAGGGGUACCGGUAGAAAGAACCUGGAAUUCCCAUCAUCUUCGCAAGUUCUACAAAUGAUUGUAAUACUAGGCAAGGCCUACUUUAUUAUCAAUCAAAUCGAUGAUGUUCAAUACUCUAUUUGGUAGCGGCAGGAUGGAUAGGUCGAACCUAUCCUAGGAGGGCUUCCUGGGUGGAUCGAAUCCACUUGGAUAAGCCAACUGAGACACAGGCCCGGACCUGGCACGCUGGUUACUACACCGGUCUUGCUCAGUAUAAU